AUGAAGGCCAUGUGGAAGAUUUCUGUUUACCUUUCCCUUUGGAACAUUUUAAUUUACUUUAAUUGUGCGAAGGUGACCAACUCCAAUCAGGUAAAAACCAGUUUGAGAAAUGGGUUUGGACAAACUGGGAACUUCACUGGUCAUGGAGGGGUUGGAAGACAUCAAAAUGUGAAGAACCAGCAUGGGGAGUUCUUCUCCGUACAGGGGAAUGACGAUGAGCAAGUGAUUUCGGGCGAGACAGACGAAGCAUCAGAAUCAGCAUCACCAGGAACAGGAAAUACAAAUGGAGCACCAGUAGGUAAUGCAGGAGGUGAUUCUAAUGGAGGUCUCGGUGGAUUCCCAGGUGGGGUUAUUCAGGGAACGGAUUUUCAAAGUGUGCUUUUUCCAAUGACAGGUCGUCGAACUACAGCAGGUGGAAACAGUGGUACAGAUAAUGUUGGAGAUGGAAAUGGUAAAGGUGGACAGGGGCAAACGUCCAGUUUCAACUCUCAGGAGGUAUCAACAGUCUUACCACCACCAGCAGAAGCAUCCAUCCCAGGAUCACCGGGAGAAGGAGUAACAACAGAAGCAGUACAAACAGUACCAGAAUCACCUGAAGCAGCAUCACAAGGCUCAACAACACACCAUUCUGGAUCAGACUCUGCAGACGACGACUACUCAUGGUUCGGGUAUACUCCAUGGGAAAAUAGCACAACCGCAUCAGGAUCAGGACCAGAAUCACCCUCGGAUAAUACAGAAUCUAACAUCUUAGAAGAAGUACAAUUCAGUGAGACAGAUAAGGAUAUCCAUGAGAAGGAGGACGAAGUUGUGAUGGAAAAGGAAGUGGAGGAAGGCGUGGAGCAGGAGGAUAUUGAUGAAGGAGAAACGGAGGAAGGGGGAGAAGCUGACAACGCAAAUCAUGACGAUGUGGAUGUGGAAGAAGGCGAUGAGGAAGUAGAGGACGAAUAUGACGAAUCAGAAUAUUAUCAACAAAUGAUAGACACGCAGUAUGCGCAAGAAAUGCCAACGGAGCAAAACAACUUUUCUGCGGGAACAUAUAUACCUUUAAUCAGCGAAGCCAUGGUCCAUAGUGCUCUUUCGGAACAGUACAAGGACAACGUGGAGGGUACGAAGGCAGCCCAAGCCUUCGUGAACACUUUGAUGAAUUUACUGGACGAUGAUAACAGCCCAGUCGACGAAUCCAUCAAGCAUUUGGCUGACGACAUUUCGCAAUUCGUCCUCAAGUUGGACGCAUAG